AUGCUCCCAGGUCGAUAUCGUAGCCAAGGCCAGAUCACCCCAAUUAGCUACGCCAGCAGCUCCCGCGAGACUUCACCCAAGACACCAACCCGACGCUCAGGUAUAAACAGAAGCUUCAACGACGACUAUGCACCCAGGAUUGCCAACUCGGAUGACGGGCAGCUAUCAUCUCGAGGCUACGGCCCUCGGCCCGGAGGCUACGGAGGCUUUGGCAAUCAGACACCAGAAUCAGAAAGCAACGAGACAGUGGAGCCCCCUCAAAAGGAAACCUCUGCGACUUCGGUCUUGCAACGCAUGGCUGAGUUUGCCGGCGGGUAUGGAGGCUUUGGCGCUCGACCUGCCAAGCUGCCUGCGGAGCCAGAGAAGCCCGUCGAGGUGCAACCAAAGCCGGAGCCUGAGCCUCAGGCUGAGCCGGAGGUUUCUAAAGAUGCACCGGGGUUCCUGGAACGUAUAAAUGGUCUUGCUGGUGCUGCAUUUGCUGGUGCUGCAUUCGAUGCUGGGCGUCGACCAUCAGCCCCAAAACAGGCCGAAUCACACAAGAGCAGAGAAUCCCUGAAUAGUUUGAACCCGACGUCCGACUUGUCCCUUUCCUCGGCCAACGACGAGCGGCAGCCGCCUGUAAGGAAGAAUGGCUACGGCGGCUUUGGCGAACCUGCAUCGAGCGGCAAUGGAGCUCGAGGCAUGGCACGCGCAGAGACCUUUCCGCGCUCUACAAACCCCCGCGACAUGUCCUCGCGUUCACCAUCCGAUCUUGGCCCGCAGCCUGAUAUGUACCGACGUCCAUCCGCACCUUUGGCACGCAGCGGGAGCGGUGAUAUUGGCCGGAAAUCAUCCCUAGGCCCGGACACAUCACGGCCGCCGCCGCCUCGUCCUCGCAGAAGUCUAAUCCCGCCCAAUGCUGACACCUCAUCCAUCGCCAACAAGGAGUGGGGCCCCGAAAACCCCUGCCAUACCCCCCAAGACUCCAUGUCCUCGGGCUACUCGUCGGUCAGCGAGGGCAGCAACCUGCCGGUGAGCGGCAGCCCGGAACGCCUUGUGCAGCGAAACAAGUCGGAGCCCGCAUCCCGACCCCGACAGCUUCAGCAGCCGCCGAAAGCCGACAACUCCACGCAACCGCGACGUGAGAAUGCGCGACCCGAACUCCUCAUCGACCCUGCCAUCCAGGCUCCUCAACGCGGAUUCGGGCGCGUCGAAGAGUCUCCCUACCCCUACAGCGCGUCUCCCCUGGACGACCGCCACGACCCGGCCAUCCAGGCAGGCAUUGAUAGCGGCAGCCGCGGGGGUCGCUACGGCACGUCACCCACGCAAGGCCGUGAUGGGAUUUACACGUCCUCCCGCGGCGACUGCAAGGCGUGCGGCAAGCCCAUCACGGGCCGCAGUAUCUCGUCGGCCGAUGGCCGCCUGACGGGAAAGUACCACAAGGAAUGCUUUGUGUGCACAGCGCCAGAUUGUAGGAAGGUUUUCUCGUCGGCCGAAUUCUACGUCUAUCGCGACCGGCCGUACUGUAAGUUUGACUACCACAAGCUCAACAAUACCCUGUGCCGCUCGUGCAACGAGGGAAUCGAAGGCCGGUACGCAGAGGACGAGUCUCGCGUCAAGUACCACGUAGACUGCUUCUGCUGCUCCGAGUGCAGAGUCUCCCUCGCCGACGGUUACUUCGAGGUCGAUGGCAGGGCGUACUGCGAGCGCGAUGCCUUGCGCCUUGUGGAGCGGACCGUGUCGGUGCUGGUGUCGCCGAUGCCGGUCGAGGUGAACUACGAUGGCAGGAGUGGCCAGCUGCCGCCCAAGGUGCCGCCGAAGAGCAGCAGCGGUGGCAGGGGAGGACAGGCCGGUCGCGGCGUCGGCGCCGGCAUGGAGAGAGGCCCGUACGGAGUGGCCCCGGCCAACUACGGGCGCCUCAACAAGCGCAUGACAUACAUCGGCGUGAUCUAG